AUGAACUUUUUUGAAACAACUUACAGCGCCUUCCACGGGCCAAGCAACAGCAUGUGGGCGUCGCGGCCCGCUGCAGCGGCAGCAGCAGCAGCAGUAGGCAAAUCGACGCGGCCCGCAACAACAGAAGCAGCAGCAGCAGCAGCAGCAGCAGCAGGGGCAGCAGCAGCUGCUGCUGGUGAGCCCUUCUGCACUUUGUCAGCCAUCAAAAACCCUCUUUGGGGUUUCUCAGAUCACCCCCCCCCGGGGGUCCCAGGCCCCAAAUGGUUGAAGGCAGAUCGCCCAGCAGCAAAUAAGGCUGGGGGCCCCCUUGGGGGCCCCACGGGGGGCCCCGGGGCCCUCGAGGCCCCCACAACUUACUUGGCUUCUUACCAAGACCGGCGGAGAAGUUUUCCCGUUUUGAAUUACGACAUAAGGGAGGAGCAGCAGCAGCAAGAAGGAGCGGCAGCAGCAGCAGAGAGCACGUUGAGGGGCGGCUACAGCAGCAGCGCUGCAGCAGCAAAGGCGUCGGGAAUACUGGCAGCAGCAACAAUCACUGCAGCAGCAGCAGCGCCGCCAGCAGCAGCAGCGCUGACGAGCCCUGCAGCAGCAACUGCUGCUAGCGGAGGUGUAUAUACACCCGAAGGGAACCCUCUUUUUGAUGCUUCUCUCUCGCGAGACCGCCGGCACGACUUGUCUUCAUUUAAUCUGCAGCAGCAGCAGCAGCAAAAAGCAGCUGCAGCAGCAGCAGACGGUGUGGGGCCCCCCCGCAGCUUCGAAACUUCCUACCAACUCAUUGGCCACCCAGGUGUGGGGCCCCACACCCUCGCAGAUGUCUUUGCUGCUGCCAAAACAGAUCAAAGAAUUCAAAUUUGCAAAAAUAAAAUCCAAAAACCUGCAGGAAUGGAUUCUCUCACGGAAGCUUUUUGGUACUUCCCCCCAAAGCUGCCGGCCUACUCCCGCGUCACUGCAGCAGCUCUUGCUGCUCGUACUGCGCCCCCGGAGUGA